AUGGCAACCCCACAGAUCCAGUUCUACCAGUAUCGGCCAGACUCAGACGCUCGCCAUAAUGCUGUCUUCACACCGAUGCCUCAGGAACAGCAGCCUAUGUACGCUCAUAUGGGAUAUCCUCAGCAAGGCUACCCAGCUCCUCAGUACUGGCAGCAGCCUCAUUACGCGCAACCACAGCACUACAUGCCUCAGCGGGUGAUGAGCCAGACUGCGUCCCCACCGCUGACGUUGACCAUGCCCAUGCAGAAGGGACAAAUGGAGCACCUGAUGGACCAGCGGCCACCUACGCCAUGUCUAUCUGCUUGCCCUUCUACUGCCAGCAGCCCUCCUGCGAGCAGCGUCCAACAGACCCCCAUCGGUGCCGGAUACUUCCAUCUUCCCAUUGAGCACAGCAAGGAUGAGAUCCUUUCGUCUAUGCCAAUCAUGGAUGACUUCAGCGAAUCUACCGAACUGCAUGUCUUCCCGCAUCCUGGCGAUGCCAAGCUUGCCUUCGGCAGCGGCUGCAAUUCUCCGGAGCUUGCCCCAGCCUCGCCCGAAUCGCAAAUCUCGACCUCGUACCCCGUCGCUGAAUUUGUGAAUCUGCGCGACCUGACUUCGGGCGCCCUUGAGCCCUCUUCUACUCUCUCUGUACAACAAUUCCCUCCACUACCUACCCUUUCCACCGAGGACGAAGAACACAAGUUUGCUUUCGCUGCCACCACCACCCUGCCCGUCACCCCAGCGCACGAGCCAUCCGACCCCUUCAACGCAUCCAUCUCGCAAGAACCUUCUUUCGAGUCGUCCUUCUGCAGCGAGCUCGACUCCGAGGAUGAGUUUGGCUUUGUAAACUUCACUGAAGAGGUUGCCUACAACGCCGAGAAGCGUCAGAAACUCAACCCGGUUGACGAGGAGGACUUUCUGAGUGUCCACAGCUUUGGCUCUUUCGACGAAGAGGAAGCUGCUCGCGCUGGCUUGCCAUCGCCACCCUGCUCUUCCUUCUCUGAUGACUGUGGCCAUAACCACGCCAUGGAAGCCGCUGACUUCGACUUCGAUGGACUUGCUGACGGCCAGUCUCAUACUGACGGCCAGCAUGCUCACUCCACCGCCUCUCCAUCACAGGCCAGCUCCCAUGAUGGCCACGAGGGCCACUCUGCUGCCAAUACGCCGGCUCCAAGUGGGGGACAGUCGACUAACCGUCGUGGUCGCAAGCAGUCGUUGACGGAGGAUCCCUCCAAGACCUUCGUCUGCACCCUCUGCUCGCGCCGCUUCCGUCGUCAAGAACACCUCAAGCGUCACUACCGCUCGCUGCACACUCACGACAAGCCUUUUGAAUGCAACGAGUGUGGCAAGAAGUUCUCUCGCUCUGACAACCUCGCCCAACACUCCCGUACCCAUGGCUCUGGUGCUAUCGUCAUGGGCGUGAUGGAGAACGGCGAGCUGCAGACAUCUCAGUACGAUGACGAGAUGGGCCACGUGCUCUACGAGGCCGCCCAGCGCGCUGCUCUUGCCACCUCGUCAUCCUCCAGUGGCUCCGAGUCUGGCUCUUCGAGUGACAGCAAGCGCGGCAACAAGAAGCGCAAGCGGGAUGACUCUGCUUGA